GCCCAGGGGGCCGGCCGGGCGCCCGCCCCGCCCCGCCCGGUCGCCUAGAAAAGCGGGGCCGGGGCGCGGGGGUGCGCGGCGGUCCGAGCGGCGCCCCCGCACCAUGAAGAACCCGGUGCCGCAGGCGGCCUCGCUGCUGCUCGAGAAGCUGCUGCUGCUCGUCCACGUCCGGCCCCUGCCCGCCGGCGCCGACGGGGAGCCGCCGCCCGCCGCCGGCUACUACGACAGCAGCUGCUUCAAGCGCGGCGACCUGCUGGAGGUGCCGCGCACCCUCUUCGUCCACUUCGGCAUCUACCUGGGCGACAACCGCGUCGCCCACCUGAUGCCCGACAUCCUGCCCGCCUUCACCGACGACCGCCGCCAGAUCCAGCGAGUGGUGACCAACAAGCGGCUCAUCCUGGGCGUCAUCGCCAAGGUGGCCAGCAUCCGCGUGGACACCGUGGAGGACUUCGCCUACGGCGGCAGCAUCCUGGUGAACCACAUGGACCGGCUCUUCAAGGACCAGGUGCUGGGCAGCGAGGAGGCGGCGCGCCGCGCGGAGAAGCUGGUGGGCGCCACGGCCUACAGCCUGCUCUGGAACAACUGCGAGCACUUCGUCACCUACUGCCGCUACGGCGCCGCGGUCAGCUUCCAGACCGACAAGUUCUGUGAAACUGUGAAGAUGAUUAUUCGGGACCAGAGGAGUGUUCUUGCUUCAGUGCUCGUGGGAUUAGCAUCAAUAGUCUGCCUAGGUUUGGCGCCCUCCACCACACUCCCCACUAUUUUUAUUCCCUUCUUUCUGUGGAUGGCUGGCUAACAGCCUUCCAGGAAGCCUGUGGCCAGCAUCUGUACAUAGGAUGUAUACUACUGUAUUUAUAAAAGCACAGAUUACUCAUCAGCGUUGUGUAAAGCAAAAUUUCUUAACCUUGUGUGCCAUUUUUAAAUACAACUUUGUCUAGAACACAGUGCACAAGGAGUAGCUUACUGUGUAAGCCAAAUAAUAGAUUUCCUGAAAAUCUCAGUUGGUACAUUUUAACACACCUCUAAAGCCAUGCAAAAGUAGGGGUGCAGUGCAGUUCUGCUGCUUGCCUUUAGCCUUAAGUGAUUCUGAUAGUUUGUCAUGUUCUUUAAUUUCUUAGCUGUGUACCUGGAUGUCAUAACUAUUAAAAAAAUUAAUGAUGGGGUACCAUAAAGUGAUGGAUAUUGAGAACAAACUAUGUACUUCUUAAUUUCAUACAUGUAGUUUAUAUUCAGAAGUUACUGUUUCUAUUCCUAAAAUGUCCUUUAAUGGAGAUAGGGUCAAUUUAGUUGCUUCUUUCUCAUUGAAGGAAAAAAAAAAAAAAAAAAAAACCUCCAGCCUUAGCAUUGUGUGCUGUAGUAAUGCAUCUGGCUGGAUCGGCUACUGUCCUUUGAGUUCCCUUCUGGGAAACAUUCACAAAUCUUUUUCAUGUUAAUUUUGUAGACACUUGCUACUGUAUUUAACAACCUUUUGAUUGGAUUAGUGGUAGGGAAAGUCUGCAAUUUCUCAGCCUUUUGCUUGCUAAUAAUAGCUGUCAGUAUAGCUAAUAUAAAUGACUAUAGGGAGGGGGUUAGGAGAUACAGGAGGAAACCAAUUUCCUUUGUGAAAGCUGGUAACAUAAAAACUAUGGCAAAUUCCUAGUGUUCCAGGGCACAUGGAGUGAGGACGAGAAUGGAAGCCAAUUUAGUUCUUAUUGUCCCUCAGUAAUGGGACCCAUGUGGGUGCCUUAAAGCAUCAGGGAUCCCUGAAGCAGUUCUUGUGGUUGCUAUAUUGUCAUUUUGGGUUCCACUUAAAACACCGAUGCCUCUCUGCGAAAGAAGACAUCUUUCUUCACUUGUGAAAAAGCAUUCACUUACAAGCUAGCAGUUGGUGCUAAAAAAAAAUAAAAAUUAUCUUGAUUGUUGAGGCCUUUUUAUCAAAGUAUAAACUGAUUUGAAAUCAACUUCAUCUAGUCAAUUGUUUGAGUGACUAUUGGGUUUUUUGGGAUUUUUUCCUUCUUUUCUCAGCAAUGUCUCAAUGUAUGCAAAGAAAUUGUUCAGUUCCUGGAAUGUCUUGUAUGGUAUACAUGCACUUACAUGUUCAUGCACUAUGCUUGCCUUGCUUUCUAGUCAUAGGCAAACACAAUGGUGUCUUCACUAAGGACUGAACCUCAGAUUUACUUCUUUCUAUGUAUGGUUUUCAGUAUUCUGUAAUCAGCUCUGCUACUGAAGUUUCCGUUUUUUCCAUUUUUAGAGUAAGACUCACUUUAACUGUACUAUUGAACUCCCUCUCCUUCCCCUAGACCCCACAGCUGUUUGAAGAUUGGAUUCUUGAACUGUGAGUCUACUUGGCUGUCUUUAAUAAUGUUUCUUCUUCUGGCUGUUCCACUAUAACCGACAAAGAAUGUAAAGACUGGGGUGAAAUUCCAAUCUCAUAGAGAAUAACAGCACUACUGCUGCUGUCAUCAACAGAGGGGAUUUCAGCCCAGCUUUCAGUAUUGGUUCAGUUUGCAGCCCAGCUCCAAAGCAGUUGGAUAUCAAUUACUGUUGGAUCCUUAUAAACAACUUAUGUUCUGCUUUCAAAGAUUGCAAUGGUCUGUGUAUCUGUCUCGGGUAAACUUUUAAGGUGUUUUUUAAUUAACAUGAAUUGCUUUUUCAUAGUACAUGCAUCAGUAAUACUUGCAUAAAUUCCAAUGUGUUUUUUUUACUUGCUGUACAUGAGGUAUGAACUGUAGUCAUUGCUGUAAUUAUAUAAAUAGAAUUUAUUCAUUUUAAAAUGUCUACCUGCCUCUUGAAACUGAGUAUAAUGUUAUAGCCUUUCUCUAACGUAUCCCAGUAGGGCACGAGGGAUCCAUUAGCAUGCAGUUACAUGGUGUCUGAUUACAGGUGGGCUUUUCUUUUCCCCUUUAUUUACUUGAGAUUUAUAAGAAUUCCAGUAAGCUGUAUGAGUCAUUUAUACAAUAAACAAUGGGGUCAUGACUAGUAACCAAAUCAUGAGUAGUAUUGUUGGAAGGCAGAGACUCGUUCCUGCUCUAGCUUCAGAAGUAUCAAAGGACCAAUACUGCUGCUUUGCUAAUGAUGUUGAGAAGGAAGCAUCCAAGUUAGGUUGGGGGACAAAGUUGGAACUUUGAUAAGUGUCAGUAUGACAGAAAUGAAACCAGUUCCUUACAGACUUCCAGCUGCAUUAGUGAAAGGAAAUCCUCUGAAGUGUGAACUUCAAGAAGCUUAAUAAAUACCAUGAAACAGUCUAGAAUGUCCUAGUAUGUCCUUUCAUUAGCAGUAAGCACUAGAGGUAAAUGGGGAGAACUUGAGCUGUAGGUGUAGAAUUUUUUCCUACCAGCUCUCAUUCUAGCAGAGACCUGGAAAUUUUGUUAGUUGAAAUCAAGCAUGAGUCAAAUCAGUCAUACUCAGAGGAAAAAGCAAGUCUAACAGGCAGGAAUUCUCAUGUUCAGCUCAGCGGGUGAUGUUUUUGCUCUGAAAUAUUUUGGUAAAUGUCAAUGUCAACUUUUUUCUGUAAUGAGUUGAGUAAAAAUAACUACUUGCUCUAGGUGGAGCAUUGCAUUUCAGACAAGCUUAACUAUGAUGCCGUUGAAGUGAAGGAGCUAGUUAUAACGGAAAAAACACUGGAAACUGGAGCAGUACAGCUGCUUGGAAAUGGGUAUGUUUAGAAGUGACUGUUCAUUGGUAACUGUAAGUAGUGGUGAUGGGGACUGUAAAUCUAGAGCUGCACUUCAUUAUAGUAGUAGGGCUGUUGGGAAAAAUUGUUUGGUUAAACCUGAAUAUAUAAUGGAGGAAUAUAACCAUCACCACUGUGCCACUGGGAAAUGCAAGUAGUGAAGACAUCAAGCUAGAAGGAUAGAUGUUUCACUUCUGCUUUCCAAAGAAAACAAAUAAAAUGACCAUUUACAACACUAGUAAUGUUUUUAUAAAACCUGUUUUAAAGAAAAAAAAAAUGUUGCUAAAUGAAGAGAUUAGAACACUGA